AAUCAAUCUCACUUCCUAACAAACUGUGUCAAAAUGAAGACUAUUUUCAUUCUUUCGGUCACCAUCUUAUUCAGCCAAGCAUUUGCUGAACCUGAACCUGAUCCGUUUUCGGUUGCUGAGACAGUUCACGAAGCAUGUUUGAAAGGAAAUCACGAUGCCAGUACACCUGAGGAAUAUUGUGAUUCUUUGAGCCAAGUCAUGACAAAACAAUUCCACCAAACCUGCUACAAAAUUAAAGAUCACUGCCCUAUAUUCAAAGAUGCUUGCCACAAAUAUAUAUCUGAGGGACUUUGCAAACAUCUCUUCUUAGAUUCCGGAGAAGGUGAUACGGAUACUAAUGAACUCAGAUCAAAACCUAUCGUUCAUAAACUCUUGAAAGCUGAAUGUUUGAAGAAAGCCACGAAAUAUCUUGCACAAAAAGAAGACGGUACGUUCGAUGCAAAUGCAUCUUGCCAAGAAUUAAGUAAACACGUUGGACAAGUAUGUACUGAAUUCGUCGAUAAUGAGGCAUGCCCGCGUAUGGUUAAGAGUUAUAUUGGAAGAAAAGCAUGCGAGUAUGGACUCGUCCACUACUUGUGUAAAAACUAAUAAAGUUUCAAAAUGGAUCGCAGAUGUAUAAAAGAUGAAAAAUAAAAGCGUUCACAAUAA